CGCGAAACCACAGACGCUUGCAUGCGCAAGUAACAAGCAUGCUUUUGCCCGCAGAGAAACGCGGGAAGAACUCGUGUGUCUGGCUUCCGACCUCUCUCUCUGUUUUCGCUCGAACAGACUGCAGAAACGCAAGACCGAUUCGCUCCAUUUCGUCUGUUUCUAGAGAACGAGGGAUCUGGGGAGGUUCGCCGAAAGAAGGAACAUCUCCAACUUGACAAGCGGCUGCGACGCUGAAGUCGCCGGAGGUUCUUUGACACGUCAGAGGUUCGCGAUUGACACAAAAAGUUAUUCCCACAGAAGGGCUGAGUUUUUUUUUCUUCCGUUGACGACGUCCAGCAAUCGUGCAGGAAAAGCAAUGACUUUCCCCCCCUUUUUUCUUGCUUGCGCCUCACAGCCGUGGGGUUGUUCCCUGUUCACAUCGCCGCUCCGCCUGAACGACCUGAGUGACCGCCGUCUCGCCCUGCCUCUUGGCGCAGGCGCUUCUCUCCAACGCGUUCUCGGCCUCUCCGCUCUCGGCGUUGGUUUCUCCUGCUCCUCUGAGGCGUCUCCUUGGUUUUCUGGCCGCCUCUGCUUGCGGCACAACCUUCUCCGAAGCAGGAGCAGGAGCAGGUGCUGCAGCCUCUCAAACCCCCAUCUUCUGUGCAGAACGGUGUGCCGCAGAUUCCGUUUCGGCUGGACAGGAACGUCGCGUCGUCUGCUCAGCGGCCGCGAGUGGGCGGACGAGACGAAGAAGAGAGGUUCCCUGAGAAACAGAGCCUUCCUGCGAACUCGAGAGGAGUCUGAGAAGCGAGCGAAGGGAACAUGCAGCUGGUGCUUGCGCUCCGGAUCACCAAGCCGUCAGAGAGGAACUGAGAGCGAGUGGACGGAGAGAGAAGGCAGAGGAAAAUGAGAACGCGG